AUGGUGGGAGCAGACCGAGCUGGAGCUUCGAAAGGGGCGGAUGACCCUGUCAGUCACAGCCGACCCGCAAAGAGCUACUACGACCUCUAUCCAGAACGCAAAAGAACGGGGCCGUAUGUACCCAAGCACGCCCUGGUAGCGCACGACGGCAACCAGCUCAAUGAGAACAGACAGGCCUGUUCCAGCGAUAGCAGCAUCCGUCGAUCUCGCUCCGGCAGUCAGCUUGGCUCUUACCAUUCUGACCAGGGUAAAUUGAACCAGUCGACUGUAAGCGCAUCGUCGCGGCCUCACAAGACUCCGAGUCAAGACAACGAUCGAUCUGGACCCACGCAGCGCGCCGGGCCGAGCCUGUCGGCCACUUCUUCGGCGGCACUGCGACGGCUUCAGUCGCAAGAGGUUCCGCACGAGCCCAUCAAGUCGAUCGAAGAAAUCGUUCGGACCCACUCCACCAAACUGCUGACCGUUCCAACUUCAGAGCGUGGCCCGCAACGCUCGGUCUCUUGGUCUGCAUUCGAGCGGCACCCCUCUGAACCGUACCGAGCCGGUCUUGAUGACAUAUUAACCACUGGUGAGAUAUCUGAUUCUGAGUCAGUCGCCUCUGAAAGCUCUGUGGAGCGUGAAACACGUACAUUGCUGCAGAACAUGCAAGAUGAACGUCUCGAAUGGGCAAUGUCUCGGCUCUCGAUUUGGCACGCUGAUCCGGAACCUGUCCACGUGCAACGUCAAUCUCGAAGGAAACACGCCUCUCCGGUACGCUCACCACCGAGCAAGUCGCAAACCAUAAGCAUGCCAUCUGAUCAGAGGGGUUUGACACGUUGCGUCCGAAUCACGGUUCCCGGUGCGGCUGGUGUGCAGGUAUCGUUUGCCGAUGUCGGGGCGAAAGGCGGGCAACCGGUCAUGGUGUUCCUUGGCCUAGGGGCCUCGAGACACCUGGUCGGCCUGUACGACGAAUUGGCCUCAACCCUGAAUCUGCGUCUGGUCUGCAUUGAUCGAUGGGGCAUAGGACGAACUGAAGGCCUCACAUCAGACGCACGCACGAUCCUGGGAUGGAGUCUCAUCGUAGAGCAGGUGGCGGAUCUGCUCGGUAUUGACCGAUUUUCAGUGCUUGCGCACAGCGCUGGUGCGCCAUUUGCUGCUGCUGUAGCACUGCUCCUGCCCCACCGCAUCCUGGGGCCUCUGCAUCUUCUCGCGCCAUGGACAGGAGUACAGCAGGAUAGUGCUUAUCGAUGGCUGCGGUACGUACCGGACAGUGUCAUCAAAACGGCACAGGUGGCAGAGUGGAUUAUCCAAGGCUGGAAGCUGAAUAAGGAAGGGCCUAGAGCGGCAAGCAAGACACCGCCGAUCGCGGUGGAAGAUGAAGCAUCUACGGCCGGGCGUCGAGACGAGCCACGCGGUUCUGACCGUGGACCGAUACCACCACCCAAGGAUCGGCAGUUGCCGACGUCCAGGUCUGCAUUAGAGAUCAGAUCUGACGCGUUCGAGAGCGGAACAAGCCGCUCGAGCCGCGCCAGAGGCGAGGAACCAGGCUGGACGGCACGGAACGCUGUGGAUAUGGGACGUCCUGAUAUGUCGAAUGCGGAAGAUGAGUCGACAUCGACCAACGUGGAACGCGAAACUGCAUUGGGACUACUCAAGGCAUCGCACGCCGAGAGCGCACGCGGGCGGGUGGACGAUCUGAAUCUGAUUCUCGGGAAGCGGCCGUGGGGAUUUGGCUACGCAGAUGUCCACGUGGAUUGCGAAGUGUGGCACGGAAGCAAGGAUGAGCGGAUACCUCUCUCAAGCUCGAUCAAUCUGUCCAAGGAAAUGCCAAACUGCACCCUGCAUAUAGUUGAUGGAGCAGGUCACAGCUUAAUGACCAACACGAAGGUAGUAGUCGAGGUAUUUGAGAGUAUACGCAAGCUAGAUCGCUUGUAG